GGAGAUAUUGGCGACAACUCCACGGCCCACCGUGAAGAACAGCCAGAAAUCCCGGAAGGAGACAUUGGUCAAGGAUGCGCGGCCAACGGGACGGUGUACGCCGAGGGCUCGGCCAUGGCCAGCUCCAGCCUUUGCGAGUACUGCUACUGCAUCCGCGGCCGCCAGCGCUGCGUGAGGCCCCGGUGCCUGCUGCCCCUGGCAGGCUGCACGCCGCGAUACAAGCAGCAUGCCUGCUGCCCCGCGCACUACGACUGCAGUAAGCACCGCGCCGCGUUCAUUAGCGCAUCGCCACAUAGGCUCAUUCAUAAUGAAAAUCUUGACAUAGACAUGCCAUCA